AUGGGUAAUACGAAUGGACAAGUAGUAGCUGGUGGCAAUGGCCAAGGAAAUCGAUUGGAUCAAUUGAAUCUACCAACCGAUGUGUUGAUUGACAAAGAGACGGAUAGUCUCAUUAUUUGUGAUUCGGAUAAUCGACGAGUCAUUCGAUGGUCUCGUCGUAGUGGUACAAUUCAAGGAGAAAUCCUCCUCGACAACAUCGCUUGUCGAGGAUUGGCCAUGGAUGGUCAGAGAUAUCUCUACAUCUCUAACUACGACAAACAUGAAGUAAAACGAUAUCAAAUAGGAGACAAGAAUAGAACUAUUGUGGCUGGUAGCAAUGGCAAAGGUGUUGGUUUCAAUCAACUCAACUGUCCGUACUACAUCUUUGUCGAUCAACAACAGACUGUCUACGUGUCAGACAACGAGAAUCAUCGUGUAAUGAAAUGGAAUAAAGGUGCAAAAGAAGGAAUUGUCGUCGCUGGAGGUCAAGGCAAAGGGAAUGCUCUGACACAAUUGUCGGAUCCUGGUGGACUGUUCAUCGAUACGUCGGGUACCAUCUAUGUGGCAGACAUGUCGAAUAAUCGAGUGAUGCGUUGGGCUAAAGGAGCGAAACAGGGCACUGUCAUUGUGGGUGGAAAUGGUCACGGAGCAGGAGCAAAUCAGUUCAACUGUCCCUGGAAUUUUAGAAAAUUUUAUGCUAAAACAAUGGAAGCGAUUUAUACAUUACAUAAAACAAUGAAUGCUCGUUUUUAUGCUUAUCUUAAGAUUCGUGACCUUAAAACUCAAUUAGGUAAACAACAUUUAGCUGCAUUGGAUGAUACGACAUAUUUAACUAUUGGUAAUUGUCGAUCGGAAUUUCUUGCUGCACAUCGUGAUUAUGUAGAAAAAUUUCAAGUUAUUGAGCUUUCACAAGAAUUAAUAACAACACGAAGACAUAUAACUGUUCCUUUUCUCCGAUUGUCUUGA